UUUAAAUUAACCCUUUUAAAUAUAUUUUUUUAUUCUUGCUCAUUAAAGAUUCUUCUGUGCUUCUCACCUGUUGGUAAUGCAUUGCGUGUCAGGGCUAGACGCUUCCCUGCAUUGGUCAACUGCACAAGUAUAGAUUGGUAUCACGAGUGGCCUAUGGAUGCUCUCAUUUCUGUAUCGGAGCAUUUUCUUGAAGACUGUCCUGGCAUAACGCCAGAAUUGCUUGGAUCUCUAAGCCGUUAUAUGGCUUUUACUCAUUGCACUGUAAAUGAGUUAAGCCACCUCUACUUCCAGCGAGAACGGCGUCAUAACUACACUACUCCAAAAUCUUUUCUGGAACAAAUUAGCCUCUACAAUCGACUAAUGGAAGAAAGAUUCCAUGAGCUGGGUGCCAAAAGUGACAGGCUCGUAAAUGGUCUUGAGAAGCUAAAGAAUGCCUCCGAGCAAACCAGUGAACUGAAAAUUCAGCUAGCUGAGCAAGAAAUCGUUUUAAAUGAGAAAACAGAAAAUGCUAACAAAUUAAUUGCCGUAGUUGGACAGGAGACUGAGAAAGUAAGCGCUGAAAAGGAGAUUGUUGCAAUGGAAGAGGCUAAAGUUGCUGUAAUCAAGGAGGGAGUUAUGCUGAAGCAGAAGGAAUGUGAGGCAGACCUACGCAAAGCCGAACCAGCUCUAUUGGCUGCUAUGGAGGCUUUGAACACUUUAAACAAAAACAACCUUUCCGAGCUCAAAGCACUUACCACUCCACCUCCUGAUGUGGUGAUGGUACUUGCUACAGUUAUGGUAUUGUUUUCAAUGGACGGGAAGUUGCCUAAAGAUCGUAGUUGGCGAGCAGCGAAGGCAGGACCAAUGGCAAAGGUAGAUCAGUUUCUAUCAAAUCUGAUUAAUUAUGAGAAAGAGAUUAUACACCCAAACAGCAAGCAAACCGCUUUGGAAUAUGUGAAGCAUCCAAAUUUUGAUCCAGAAAUCAUUCGCACCAAGUCCUCGGCCGCUGCAGGCUUGUGCUCUUGGGUAAUAAAUAUUUUGAGGUUUCACGAUGUCUAUUGUGAUGUAAAACCUAAGAGGGAUGCACUAGAUGCCGCCAAUGAGGAGCUCAGGCAGGCUACUGAAAAAUUGGAAACACUACAAAAGAAGAUUUCUGUUCUAGAGGCAUCACUUUCUGAAUUAACGGACAAUUUUAAAGCAGCAACAGAGGCAAAAUUAAAAUGUCAAAAAGAGGCCGAUUUCACCGCUAAGACUUUGGACCUGGCUAAUCGUCUUGUCAGUGGCUUUGCCUCUGAGAAUGUAAGAUGGGGAAGCCAAGUUGAAGAGCUCAAAAGUCUUGGAGAUACUGUUUCAGGAGACGUUUUAAUUGCAACUUCCUUUAUCUCAUAUUUUGGAUACUUGAGCAAACAUUUUCGCACUGAGCUUAUAGACAAUCGACUGUGGCCAUUCCUUAUGGAGCUGAAGCCCCCGAUUCCUGUUCGAGAAAGGCUUGACCCUUUGCAAAUGUUAAUUGAUGAUGCAACCGUGGCGGCGUGGAAUAACGAAAAUCUACCUGAAGAUAGAAUGUCCAUUGAAAAUGCCACAAUACUUACAUUUUGUCAAAGAUGGCCUUUGGCUGUUGACCCACAGCUACAGGCUGUAAGAUGGAUAAAGUCGAAAUUUGGUGCCGAACUGGUGGUAACAAGGUUGGGCAAAAAGGGCUAUUUGGAGGACAUUGAGAAGGCGCUCAUAUCGGGUAGCACUGUAUUGAUAGAAAACAUUGGAGAGGAUAUGGACCCCAUUCUAGACCCGAUCAUUGGCCGCCAGACAAUUAAAAAAGGCAAAGAAAUCAGACUUGGGGACAAAGAAAUACCAUUUAAUGCUAAUUUUCGCCUUCUCCUACACACCAAGCUCGCAAAUCCUCAUUAUAAGCCGGAAUUGCAAGCCCAGACUACACUAAUCAACUUCACUGUAACCAGAGAAGGCCUAGAGGACCAGUUGCUAGCUGUUGUCGUAAGCAAAGAACGACCUGACCUAGAAAAGUUAAAAUCAGACCUGACAAAGCAACAAAAUGAAUUCAAAAUCACAUUGAAGAGUCUGGAAGAUGCCCUGCUAGCCAAACUAUCGGCAUCUGAUGGUAACUUCCUUGGGGACCAUUCGCUGGUAGAAAACUUGGAAACUAAUAAGAAGAUGGCUAAAGAUAUUGAAGAGAAGGUGACACAAGCAAAGAUUACGGAAAAGGAGAUCAACUUUGCUCGAGAGACAUAUCGUGUGGUAGCAGGACGCGCCGCAUUGAGUUACUUUAUCAUGAAUGACCUCUGUCUUAUUAAUCCAAUGUAUCAAUUUUCGCUGAAAGCCUUCUCCACCGUGUUUGAGUGGGCCAUCGACACCACAUUUGAAAUGGAAAAUGAAAAAGAUCGACUGAUCGCACUUUUGGAUACAGUUACCUUUUCCAUCUUCAACUAUACUAUACGUGGAUUAUUUGAAAAGGACAAACUCAUAUUUACAGUACUUAUGAUACUACAGAUCCAGCUGAUGAACAAAGAAAUUCCUUCCAAUCUAAUGGACUUUCUACUUCGCUAUCCAGCAGUAGUAGAUGUUAAGUCGCCUGUUGAUUUCUUGAGCGAUUUAAGUUGGGGUGGAGUACAGACAUUAGUAAAAAUGAGUAAUUUCCGUGACUUGGAUAAGGAUAUUGUCAGCUCGGCAAAGCGAUGGAAGGCGUUUCUGGAAUUAGAAGCUCCAGAGAAGGAGAAAUUUCCCCAAGAAUGGAAGAACAAGUCACCGAUGGAAAAAUUAUGCAUGAUGAGGUCGUUGAAGCCAGAUCGGAUGACUUACUCUCUUCGCUUUUAUAUUGCGACAACCUUCAGUUCAAAAUACGUUGAAGGACGCCAGAUUGAGUUUUCAAAGUCUUAUCGUGAAUCCAGUCCGAAUGUGCCUAUCUUCUUCAUUCUAUCUCCCGGUGUAGAUCCAUUGGCGGAUGUUGAACAGUUGGGCGAAAAGCUAGGAUUCAGCUUUGAUAAAGGAAAUUUCCACAACAUCUCCCUAGGACAAGGUCAAGAAAUUGUUGCCGAACUUACCCUAGAACGAGCAGCAAAAGAGGGACAUUGGGUGGUCUUGCAAAAUGUCCACUUGGUGGCACGGUGGCUGCCAACACUCGAGAAAAGACUGGAACAGUAUGCGGAAGCUGCACAUACUAGCUAUCGCGUAUUUGUUAGUGCGGAACCUGCCCCUUCUGCAGAAUAUCAUAUCAUUCCACAAGGCAUCUUAGAAAAUGCCAUCAAGAUUACAAACGAACCGCCAACCGGAAUGCAAGCCAAUAUUCACAAAGCUCUCGACAACUUUAGUCAGGUAACUUUGACACUUAUUUCCUGA